UCGAUUUCGAUAAUAGCCUCUCUUUCACGUGAAAAGCAUUCGUCAGCAUACGUCAGCAUCAGUCAGCUUUUUCGCUCUGUAUUAAGGUUCUGGAAGAAGGAAGAAAGCAAUCUGAUAGAAACGUCGAAGUCGGAGCACAAGAAAAGAUUUACUGCUUUGCAUGCAAGCAUAAAGGUGUAGCAAUUUGAUCAAACAUGGCAAAAGUGUAUCUACACGUUUAUGAAGUCACAAAGGGACUUGCUGCACAGCUUUCUUCUGUAUUAUUAGGAAGACAUAUUCGUGGAGUUUGGCAUACUGGUGUAGUCUGUUUUGGCACAGAAUACUGUUUUGGAAGUGGUGGAAUUAUGCAGAUGAACCCAGGUGAAACAAUAAUUGGUUCUCCAGAUGAGGUUAUGGAUCUUGGAGAAACUCAUGUAUCUCUUGAUCUUUUUCAUGAGUUUUUGUUUGCUGUUGGAGAAGACCAGUUUAGGCCUGAAAAAUACCAUUUGUUUGAGCACAAUUGUAAUACCUUUUCCAAUGAAGUAGCCCAAUUUCUCACUGGGAAGAAGAUUCCUUCAUAUAUACUUGACUUACCAAGAGAAGUUGCAAACACACCAAUGGGUGCAAUGUUGAAAACAUUUAUGGAUGGUAUGGGAAGCCCUGUUAGUGGAAGGCUAGACAAUACGACAAGACCAUUAGCAAACCUUAACAUGAAUUCAAGCCAUUCAAGUCGUUCAAGCCAUUCAAGUCGUUCAAGUCAUUCAAGUCUUUUGUCAAGAAGUCAGCACGAUAUGAGAGAGCCUGAAACUUCAGUAAAGAAAAGUGACCGCAAAAGCGAAACCCCUGUUACAUUUAGUUAUGACGUUAAGGAAUGUUGCAAUAGAUUUCAUCACCUGUUUGAAAAUACAGAAGAUAUUAUCAACCCUAAUAUCAUAGACAAUCAGACAAGAAAUGAUGAAAAGUUAGAAAAGGCUGUUGAUACUCUACAAAAGAUGCUAGAUAUUCUGGAGGAGAAGAAAGAAAAAGAGCAUUUUACUUCAUUUGUUGACAUUUUGUCGAUAUUAAGUUUGCGCAAUGGACUAACAAUAUUGAAAAUAAAAAAAAGCCCAGUUAUGUUCAAACGGCUGAUCGAAACAUUUAGAGAAUGCUCAUAUAAAGAAGAUGUCGCAUCGAAUGUGUUGAAGCUGGGAUCGAAUCUUUUCAGUGACCAGCAGCAUCGAGAUUGGCUGAUGAAUGAACACAACGAUGAAAUUUCAGGCCUAGACAGAAGUUUUAUAGCUGAGUGUGUAGGAUCCUUGCUUAGCUCAAAAGCAGGCAAAGAGACAGUCGAUGUUGCGCUAGUUUUUGCCUACAACAUGAGUUUAGCAAAGAUGGAUGAAGAGUUAGAAAUAGAACUGUCAUCUGCUUUGCUGCAUUGGGUUGGUUCAGCAGAGAAAGGCUCGUUGCAAACUCGAAGAUGUGUCUUAGCCAUAAAGAAUUUCAUGCGUUCAAAUGAACAAGUCCGAGAGCUAGCAGAAAUGACCACGGACCCUAGUAUGCUAGAACUUGUUUAAUAAAAGGGGCAGAUCCGGCAUUAGCUGCAUAAGCGGGACAUCAUGGCUCUCGGCUAAUAAUGUUGUACGACGCCCUAAUUAUGGUUGGCUGCUUUUUCAAGAAAUAUGCUUGUGAUUCAACAAAAUUUCAUAUCACCGGAAAAUUACUAGAACAACUGUUUGCAGCCUUGAAAUAUCUACAUAGUUAGUCUUAUAAAAGUUGACAUCAAGACUUGUAAUUACUAGCUCUUGUAGGACAAUGAACACUCAAUCUCAAUAGUGAAGUAUUAAUUGCUUAUGUUAUUUUUAUAAUUUUCAAAACGAGCACUAAAACGUUACAAAGAGGAAAAAAUAUAAUUUGUUUUAUGCUUCAGUAUUAAGUAUAAAUAGAGUGGCUGAAGUGCAGGAUGUGAAUCUUUUUCAGAAACCUAUUUGUAAACCUUUGCAGAGAAGCAUCUCAACAAGCAUAUGUUAUAUGUUGAAUGUACAAAGUUUGGCUUAAUCUCGUUCUUACAGAUGUUCACCAUAUGAUUAUCAACAUUUUGAAGAAAUGUUUCAAAUGAAAAAUUGUACAACGCUAAAUGAAAAAAAUGAACAAUGCAAUAUAAAAAAGGAACAAUGGGAUUUUUUCUGUGAAUAA